UGAGGUUGACACCUAUCUAAAAAUUAGUGUCGCCAAAUUUAACAACUUACCUGCCUAUUAGAUGUGAGCCGAACGUUGAUUUGGAAGGAGACGCAAUCUUACAACCGUACGUGUGCGCUUUUUGUUCCAGGCCUGAGUGAUAGAAUCUUCCAAAGAAUGGCUUCAACAACGACCAAGAACGUGCAAAGCCCGAUUGCGCUAAAUCAACGCUCGACUGUGAUUAGGGAUGGGAUUCAACCUUUGGACUACUUUGGCCAUUGGGAUGGCUUGGGUAAGGCAAAGAUGGUCAACACUGGCUCAUCGGUUAUGAUAACUUUCAGCGAUCGUCCUUUCCGGCCAUUCAUCGUGGGUGGUGUCCUAGGCAACAAGUACAUUUUCGAGCAGCUCCACUUUCACUGGGGCAUCGGGGAUGGUUCCGGAUGUGAACAUACGCUAGAGGGUAGCACCUACUCGAUGGAGGCACACGCCGUACAUUACAACGCCAAAUAUGGCAGCUUCGCGGAAGCGGUCGACAAACCGGACGGUUUAGCAGUGCUCGGGUUCUUUGUGCAGGCGUACGGCAACGACCAUUGUCCAGCGUUCGAUAAGAUCGUGGCCGGAUUGCAAUACAUACGGAACCCGAACGCGCAAACCGAAAUCGAUGCCGAUUGCCUCGCUUGGAUGGGAAUGCAAGAGCUCAACCGACACUACUACACGUACAAAGGUUCGCUGACCACUCCACCGUACUUCGAAAGCGUCACUUGGCUGGUGUACAAAACGCCAAUCUACGUGUCCACCGGUCAGCUGGAAGCAUUCCGGCAGCUACAGGCCUGUCCAAAGGAUAGUAGCAAAAAGAUCGUGAACAACUUCCGGCCAGUUCAGGUGCACAAGCAAGUACCGGAGGUAGUUUUUGUGCGCAACAAUCAUCCCGUGAUUCUUUCUAAGCUGUAACAUUGCUCUGUUGGGUAAACUAUGUGUUCGUUAGGAAAUUUGUUAAAAUAAAAAAAAAGUUUGCUAUUAACAUGUUGAUUGUUUUGUAUUGUUUGUUGUUAAGCUUCAAUUGAACUUAUAUUUGUAA